UUAGCAUUAGGUGACGCAAUCGCUCCUGGCUGUUAUAGUGUCGGCUCUCAGCAGGAGUGCAGCGUGACGUUAAAGAGUCAUUACGGCGACAUGUCUCUCAGUAAAGUCGUUCGGAGUUUAAUUAAACCGGCCCGGGGCCUGCUGGCGUCAUCGGAACCGAACCUGAAACGGAGCUACGCGGCUGUCGCUGAGGCCAAAGCUGUCCUGGACCACGAACUGGACACGAUCCGAGCCGCGGGGACGUGGAAGGCGGAGAGGAUCAUUACCUCCAAGCAGGGUCCGCUGAUCAACGUGGAAGGCAGCCGUGAGAGUAUACUGAAUUUCUGCGCCAACAACUACCUCGGCCUGUCCAGUCACCCUGAGGUAGUCCAGGCGGGAAUAGAUGCCCUGAAGACGCAUGGUGCUGGACUGAGCUCUGUCAGAUUCAUCUGUGGGACGCAGGAUCUUCACAAAAAUCUGGAGCAGAAGCUGGCAGAGUUUCAUGAGAGGGAGGACUGCAUCCUCUACGCCAGCUGUUUUGACGCUAACGCCGGGUUGUUUGAGGUCCUGUUGGGCCCAGAUGACGCCGUGCUGUCAGAUGAGCUCAACCAUGCCUCCAUCAUCGACGGGAUUCGCCUGUGCCGGGCAAAGAGGCUGCGCUACAAACACAUGGACCUCAAAGACCUGGAGGAGAAGCUCAGAGAGGCUCAGUCUUCUCGAAUGCGCCUCGUGGUGACAGAUGGAGUCUUCUCCAUGGAUGGAGACGUUGCUCCCCUGCGAGGAAUCUGCGACCUCGCCGAACAGUACGGAGCCAUGGUGUUCAUAGAUGAAUGUCACGCCACAGGUUUCCUGGGGCCUCGGGGCAGAGGAACCGAUGAGCUCCUGGGAGUGAUGGACAGAGUUCAGAUUGUGAACUCCACUCUGGGAAAAGCCUUGGGAGGAGCAGCAGGUGGUUACACAGUUGGUCCAAAGCCUCUCAUUGACCUGCUCAGGCAGCGCUCGCGGCCUUACCUGUUCUCCAACGCCCUCCCACCUCCUGUGGUGGGUUGUGCGACCCGGGCUGUGGAGCUACUGCUCGCCUCCAAUGAGAUCGCACAGAGCAUGACGGCUAAAACCAUGAGGUUCCGGAACAAGAUGACGCAGGCUGGCUUCACCAUCUCAGGCUCGUCACAUCCCAUUUGUCCCGUGAUGCUCGGCGAUGCACCUUUGGCCUCUCUGAUGGCCGAUGACAUGCUGAAGCAUGGAAUCUAUGUGAUUGGAUUCUCCUACCCAGUCGUGCCAAAGGGCAAAGCCAGAAUCCGGGUUCAGAUUUCAGCAGCCCACACCGACAGCAACAUCGAUCGCUGCCUGGACGCUUUCAUCCAGACGGGCAGGAAGCACGGAGUCAUCUCCUGAAAGGAGGAAGAGACGCAAGAAUCGGGAGACAUCAGCAAACUGCUCGGCCUUAUGGAUGACACUGGUUGUUACUGAUGAAUAAUGAUGAUUGAAAUUUUAGGCUCAUAGGUCAAUUUAAAAUGAAUGUUGUUUUUCUGUUUUCGUAGAUGAAUAAAGUAAUUUUGCUGGAGUGUAGGUGAUUAUAUUUGAAGACAAAAAGGGCUAAAAAUUAAAUUACUCCUGCACUACGUCUUAUAGGAGAAAGAAUGUUUCUCCUCAGUCCAUGAAUGUGAUUGAAAAUGAUUGCUGGAGCUAUUUUGACCGGUUUAGUGUUGCCUUGACUAAUAUAAUAAACUUAUCUUUUGGAUAUUAAA